AAGCUCAGUUCUCCUCAGGGACAGAGGACGUUCCAGAGCGUCCAUCUGAGACUCUGUGGAAACCGCUUCAAGAGGCUCUUGCUGGCUUUGAUUUCCCUCCAUGGUAGGGCAAAAUGUUCUCUGGUUUUGAAUGGCAAGAAAGCCCCCGCAGAGCUGUCCUGUGUUCUCAAGCAAAUUCUAACUGAAAAAGCUGAGCCAGGCUCUGCCAAGCACUUCAGCCUUCCAGAAACAGAACUGGCGGCUGUUCUGUCUCAACUACAGGCCUCUACAUACCCAAACAGGGAUCAUUCAUUCACCUGCUGGAACAAGAAACGCAGUCCCCCACUACCACAUUUGGGGAAAUCGCAGGUUGAGCACAUCUGGAGUGCAAUGAAUAUUCUUCACUCUGGGAAAACCACCUUGGUGAUCAGAGUCUUCCUCUUCCAGAGUGAAAUAACAGAAGUACCUGGAAGCCUGUCAGAUUCCUCUCCUGGGCUCCUUCCCUGCCGCUGGAUACGAACACCUUCGGGACCCCAGCACCUCCAGAAUGAUGGGAUUGCAGGGAACACAGAGCACCUAUUCCCGCAGACUGACUGCAGGGACCAACAGCGAGAACAAACAUUCACCCAAACUCCUCCCUCCUCACUGCAUCCUCAUGAGAAUGGGCUGUUGGACAAUGUACACCGUGAGGCCUGCAUGUGUUUUUCCAAGGGAACAACCGCACUGGCAUUCCUGCCUCUACUUUUGGAGAUUUCAAUCCAUGGUUGGUUUGCCCCAUUACUUUUGGGUCUGUGGCAAGACAGCACAUCAUGGAGGCAGCGCAUCGCAAAACUACUCGCAUCAUGGGUGGAAGGCAGAAGAGAAAAAGAAAGAUACUGGGAUCCCACCGUCCCCUUCAAGGUCACAGUGACUUCCCAUGAGGCCCCAACUCUUAAAGUUUUCCACCACCUUCCAGAGCACAAAGCUAAGCGCAAGUCUUUAACAUCUGGGCCUUUGGGGGACACCCCAGAUCCAACCUAUAGACAACGCCUUCUCCUGAUGCAGGAAGGCACAGGUCACACUAGAGAAGAGCACACACAAUUGGAGACACUGUUUUAGCCACCUCUGGACAACAGAAUCUGCCACCCAUUGUAUUUAGAGCCUUAUCAUGGGUGAAAUACAAUGUACAGUAAUAGCAUUGCACAAGUGUAGACAGAAAAGUCACGGACUUGUCCUGGAAAAUAGGAGGAGGAGGAGGAGGCGGUGGCGGCACUAGGCAGAA